GAACUUGUAAUACCAUAGAUGAAAUAUGCUCUACCAAUGUUAUUUAACAUCCAUCUAUAAUACGUUAAUUCAAAAUCGAAUGCCAAUAAGCAAAUCAAUGGCCCUGCUGUUCCUGCUUACAGCUCAUCUGUUGAUGGGAUCUGGAGUCCUGCAUGCUCAGGAAGAGGGAGAGGAAACGAUAGCGAAAGUUCCGUUUCCUGUGGUCACACAACGAGCACCGCACUUUGAAGGCACGGCUGUGGUCAACAAGGAGCUGGUGACGCUAUCUCUAUCCCAGUUUUCUGGCAAAUACGUGGUGCUGCUUUUUUAUGCCCUUGACUUCUCCUCCGUUUGUCCAAAUGAAAUAACAGAAUUCUCCGAAAGACAAGAGGAGUUCCGCAAACUUAAUGCUGUUGUUAUUGCCUGCAGUGUUGAUUCACCCAUUGCCCACUGGACCUGGUUGGAUAUGCCAGGCAAGACUAGCGGCUUGGGUAACGUUAAAAUACCCUUGCUAUCAGAUCUAUCGCAUAAGAUUAGCACAGACUAUGGUGUAUAUAUGCCAGACUUUGGACAUAGCCUGCGGGCACAGUUUAUCAUCGAUGUUAAGGGUAUUUUACGACAUUCGACCAUUAACGAUUUGUUUCUGUCGCGAUCUGUGGAUGAAACACUUCGUUUGAUCAAAGCGUGUCGCUAUGCUGAUAUCACUGGGGUACCAUGUCCAGAGAAACCUACUGAGAAAUCUCGUAAAUAUUCAGUCAUGAGCAAAUUUAUAUUAUAAAUUUAAUUGCCUUCAAAUAAAAAAUUGUUUGUCAGAUGAUUUAACACUGGGUUCGAUGGCUUUGUCCACCUGUAA